AUGCCGCUUACAGUUCUAACAGACUCCGAUGUUCGGGCGUUACUCCUAUCCCUGAAGAAAAAAGACAUCGAAGAACUGCAGGAGAAUCUAGCUGAGGCACUACACGAAUACUCUACGGGGGAUACAAACUCGUCAUGUUGCUCGUCCUAUCAGCCCCAACGGACGGUUAUCAAGAGAAAAGGAGUCACCACCCUGUUCAUGCCAGCCAGCACCGGUGAAUCCCUUGGGAUGAAAAUAGUUGCCUUGGAGGCGGCGGAAGCGUCUGAGCCAAAGGACGACUCUACUACAUCACUUAAUUCUGCAAUGAGCGGCGUUACCAUUUCACGAUCUACUAGCACUACCAAGAGCUCUGCAUCGAGUAUAAGUGGCGCUUCUUUCCAACCGCCUCCAUCAGUGGCAAGUACAUCAAGUACCACUCCUCGAGGUACUCUAACUAUGCUCGAUCGGUCGGGCUUGCCUACAGGUGUUGUGAACGCAGAAGAAUUGACAGCUUUCCGAACAGCACUAGCAGCUACAAUCAUUUUUAGAAAAAGGCAUAAUGUUCACACCAUUACCGUCUUUGGAAGUGGAAAACAAGCCUACUGGCACAUCCGACUCGCUCUACUGCUCAGAGGAAGCGACAUCAAACAUAUCAACCUCAUCAACCGAUCCUUCGAAAGAGCCAUCAAACUCAUGAAACAAUUUCACGUGGACGAAGACCAUCAAGGUGAGGAAUGGUAUUCGAGAGUCAAGUUCUCCGCCUUGAGCCCCGAUUUCCAGGAAUAUGGUCGAUUACUCAAGGAGGAAGUAAGGAAAGCCGACGUCCUAUUCUGCUGCACACCAUCCUUAGAUCCCCUUUUCCCAGCCGAGUUCCUCACCUCCAACGAAGGCCGGAAGAAGGGCCGAUUCGUCAGUGCGAUUGGAAGCUAUGCCCCACACAUGACAGAAGUGCACCCGGACAUCUUCCGUCAGGCGGUAGAGCCGGACCAUCACAAUCAUCACCACAAGCAUGCCGCGAAGAGUGGAGUGGUCAUUGUAGAUAGUCUGGAAUCCAGUCUCAGGGAGGCAGGUGAGAUCAUACAGGCGAAGCUGAAGCCGGAACAGCUGGUUGAAAUUGGAGAGCUGAUGAUGAUUAAGAAGGCGGCUAUGAAGGAGAUUGAGCUAGGUGGCCAGGGGGAGAAGGGAUUGCGGGAUUGGUUGACAAAGGGUAAUGUGCUUUACAAGAGUGUAGGACUGGGGCUUAUGGACUUGAGGGUGGGUUGGGAUCUGGUCAUCAUGGCACGAGAAAGAGGGAUUGGAACGACUAUUCAGGACUUUUGA